CCAUACUGAAGUAGAAUAGGAUACAUAUUAUAUUACCAAGUCUCUAUCCUCAAAAUGUCGGCGUCGCAUAGUAAACGAUUGAUCAAUUCGGUACAAGACUGUGUUGAUGAGAAUUUAGAUGGUUUUGUAAGUAUAAACACUGGGAUACGACGUGUUAUUGGUCAUCGUAUCAUGGUCAGAGAAGAUUAUCAAGAUGUUAUUAAAGAAGGCAAGGUCAGUAUUGUGUCAGGAGGUGGAUCGGGACAUGAACCACAAACUACAGGUUCUGUAGGUAAAGGAAUGUUAACCGCCUGUAUUAUGGGAUCUAUAUUUGCAUCACCACCAUCACAAGAAAUAUUAUUAGCUAUUAGAUUAGUAGCUAAACACAAUCCAGCUGGCUGCUUGUUGAUUAUAUCUAAUUAUACUGGCGAUAAGUUGAAUUUUGGUGUAGCUAUGGAGAAAGCUAGACAGGAAGGUAUAAGAGUCGGAUCUGUUACUGUAGGGGAAGACUGUGCACUCGUAUCACAAGAUAAAUCAGCCGGAAGACGUGGUUUAGUAGGAGUCAGUGUAACUUUCAAGUUGGCUGGAGCACUGUCAGAAGAAGGACGAAGUUUAGAAGAAAUGAUUCCUCUAUUAAAUAACAUCAUCUGUAACAUGGGUUCGAUGGGGUUAAGUUUAACAGCCUGUACAAUCCCAGGAUCUGGUGCUACAUUUACCGUAGCAGACGAUGAAAUGGAGCUUGGGCUAGGUGUGCACGGAGAAGCAGGUAUUAAAACGCUUAAGUUGAAAACCGCUAAAGAAUCCGUCAAAAUAGUGAUAGAGCAUAUGACGAACCCAGAAAACAGAUAUCAUAUUAAAUUAUCAAACCGUGAUAGAAUAGCGUGUUUUAUAAACAACCUUGGUGGUACUACAAACAUGGAGAUGAACAUAAUUUCUGGAGAAAUUUUAACUUAUCUUAAAGAUACAAUGGGGGUUGUUGUAGAGAGAGCGUAUUCUGGUAGUUUUGUAACUUCACAAGAAAUGUGUGGAUUUAUCGUAACGCUUCUUCAUGUUGACGAUACUCUUAUUGGAUUGUUAGAUGCAAGAACUGACGCUCCUAUCUGGCCGCAUCAUCUCUUGUCGUCAGUGAAGAAAGAUGAUCGGCGACCAAUAAAUGUUGAGCUGGAGAAUGUCGAGGUUGAAACCAGAGAUAUUGACGCCAUAGUAUUCAAAACACCAGAUGACAGUUAUCUGAUGUAUGAUAUUAUAAAUAAUAUAUGCAAGAGUUUGAUAUCAUCAGAAGCUAGGUUAAACCUUCUUGAUACAGAAGGCGGUGAUGGUGAUUGUGGUAGUACAUUAUCUAAAGGAGCUCAAGUCUUGUUAACCAUGCUUGGUUCCAAAGAUAAUCCCGGACUUCCUGUACAUUGCCCUUAUUUAUUAUCUUUAUCUGUAGCUAAUAUAGCAGAAAAUUAUAUGGGUGGUUCUUCAGGCGCAUUAUAUAGCCUGAUGUUAACAUCUGGAGCCAAUUGUGUUAAAGACAUCAUAUCACCAACUUCAUGGCACCAAGCCUUACAUACGGCCAUCAAUACUAUUAAAAGAUAUGGCGGGGCAGAGCUUGGUGAUCGAACCAUGCUGGACCCACUUUAUGCAGCCAGUGAAGUAAUUAAAGAAAGGAUGGGUAAAGAUUCCAUUGUAUCAGUUUUAAAACGAGCAGCAGAGGCAUCCGAGCUUGCAGCCCGCCAGACUGCUAACAUGAAGGCACGGGCCGGGCGAGCAAGUUACGUUAGUGCUGACAGAUUGAAGGAAGCAGACCCAGGAGCAGUGGCUGUUGCACUAUGGAUGAGAGCAAUGUCAGACACUAUCGAAAAAUAUUACUCGUGAACAAACACCAAAUGUGCAAUAUUGAAAUUGAAGACAUUAAAAUGAUAUUUUCCGUCCGUCAUUUGUCUUUCUUAAAGGGACAAUAACACUCUUGCUGGCUUGACAGCUCCAGAAAAUAAAAAAUAGCCUUAUUCUAAGUACUAGAUGUGUUAGUGUCCUACCUGUUGCUUAAAUUAUCCAUUAAAUCUUAUUUUACUUGUCCAGAGGGUUCAAAAAUAUGUUUAAAUCAAAGUUACAUUUGAAAAGCUUUACGUCAGGCUUUUCAAAUCAUUUAGUUGAAUUUUUCCAAUUUUUUAAAUUAGAUGUGUUAAGAUGAAAUUUGUAUCAUCAAUUAAUUGGAAUAUUGUAAAAUAGUGCAAUUUGUUGACCAGAAUAAAGAUUGGUACAUAUUA